CUUUCCUGAGCGGCUCCGGCCCGGGGCUGGCCCCAGCGUGGCCUUCUCGGCGCGCUGUCCCGGGAACCCCGCGCGGGGUCCCGGCCCCGUGAAGAGCCCACCCGGGGCCCCCAGCCCCGCCGCCAUGAACGGGCUCCUGAUCCCCCACACGCCCAUCGCGGUGGACUUCUGGAGCCUGCGCCGGGCCGCGUCGGCGCGGCUCUUUUUCUUGUCCCACAUGCACUCGGACCACACCGUGGGGCUCACGAGCACCUGGUCCCGGCCCCUCUACUGCUCCCCCGUCACCGCCUACCUCUUGCACCGCCACCUGCAGGUAUCUAAGCAGUGGAUCCGAGCCCUGGAGGUUGGUGAGAGCCAUGUUCUGCCUCUAGAUGAAAUUGGGCGAGAGACCAUGACCGUGACCCUCCUAGAUGCCAAUCACUGCCCUGGAUCUGUCAUGUUUCUCUUUGAAGGAUACUUUGGAAACAUCCUCUACACAGGUGAUUUUCGAUAUACACCAUCCAUGCUAAAGGAACCAGCUCUGAGAGUGGGGAAACAGAUCCAUACAUUAUACCUGGACAACACCAAUUGCAACCCAGCCCUGGUUCUUCCCUCCCAACAAGAAGCUGCCCGCCAGAUCAUUGAGCUCAUUCAAAAGCACCCACAACAUAACAUAAAGAUCGGACUUUAUAGCCUGGGGAAAGAGUCACUGCUGGAGCAGCUGGCCCUGGAGUGUCGGACCUGGGUGGUAUUGAGUCCUCAGCGGCUGGAGUUGGUCCAGCUGCUGGGCCUGGCAGAUGUGUUCACGGUGGAGGAGAAGGCUGGCCGCAUCCAUGCCGUGAACCACAUGGAGAUCCGCCAUUCCGCCAUGCUGCGGUGGAAUCACAGCCACCCCACCAUUGCCAUCCUCCCCACAAGCCGGAAAAUCCACUACUCUCACCCUGAUAUCCACAUAAUCCCUUACUCUGACCACUCCUCCUACUCUGAGCUCCGUGCCUUUGUUGCAGCGCUGAAGCCUUGCCGGGUGGUGCCCAUUGUCCGUCGGCAAGCCUGCUGGGACUACUUUCAGGACAGCCUGAGCCCCAGGCUCUCUCUUCCUCCUGUUCCAGACUCUGUGCAGCAGUACAUGAGUUCCUCCACUAGAAAACCAACCUUCCUCUGGAAGUUGUUAGAAAGGAGGCUAAAGAGGCCGAAAACCCAGGGUGUUGUGUUUGAACCCCUUGAGGAAGAUGCUGAUCAGUCUCAAACUAAGAGCAUCUCAACGAAGGCCAAGAAUGCAAGACUUUCUGGGGGCCUUGGGAAGCUGCCUCCCCGCUGUCCUUCGCAGACCCAGAAACAGUUAUUCCCAGACCUCUGCAGCAAGGCAGUUCCUUUCUCUGAGUCCCGGAAGAUGGGGCCUAGCCUGACUGCCCCCUUGGGUGUUUCAGUGCACUUAAGGUCUCCAGAUGAGGAAUUUAUUUCACCAGAAACUGGGAAGGAAAUUGGUGCAGGGUCUCACUUGGUCUCCAGGGGAGACAACGCUGGCUUCACAGCCACAGGGACCCAGCACACUUGGCUGGGCCAGGAUUCUACCCUGUCUCACAGCAGCCAGGCUGCCCCUCUUCUCGCUCCUGAGUUCAAGGGCCUGGCACUAAAAUACCUUCUGACACCUGUGAACUUUUUCCAGGCAGGGUUCUCUUCCAGGGGCUUUGAUCAGCAAGUGGAAAAAUACCAUAAACUUUGGCCAGAGUAGACAGGAGAGUGUAGAAUGACAACCUCAUUUGAUCCAACAUCGCAGAUUUGAAGAGAAUGGCUGGUAGGGAGAGUGUGUUUUGGGCCCUCUAUUCUGUCCUCACAAGGUCCUUAUGGAAUCGCCCCAGAGCAGCGUUCCCCAAUGUAUGUUCAUGGGGAUCCCAAAACAUUUUUCACAGUAGACAUGAGCACCUUGAAGGUUCUGCUAAGUCCUGCAGUAACUUAAAACUUCAGCUCAGUGUUCGCCAACUUUUUUGAAAAUGGGGGUGUAGAAGAUAAUGAGCCUGAAUCCAGAAGGGCCAGGUCAUUCCCUCCAUUGUUACUUGGUGUGUCAUGUGCCAUUCUCUGUGGUUCUCCCCCUUCCUAGAUAAAAAUCCCUAGGUGGUUCUGUUUUUUAAGUUAGCAGCUGUGGCGCUUGAGGAUAAAGUGGUGAUCCAGGCAGCACGUUUCAAUCCUGAAUGUCAUUGACUUGCUAUGACCCCAUCCAAGUGACUUCCUGUCUCUGCCUCUGGGAAGGAACAGGAAGCAAUGAAGAGCCUUGGAACAGUGAAGAAAAAUUCCACCUCUGCCUCCAUGAGAGUUUGCAGCAGUGCCACUGGGGACCUAUCUGGAACCCAGCCAGCUGGGGGGUUGGGCACCCCUCACCAAGGGAGUACCUGGAACACAGCUGAACAUUAAGGCUCUUAGCUGCCAGAAGGUCCUGACUCUUUGGCUGAAAUAAAGUCACAAAAGAUCAAAUGCAUUGCCAGAUAUUCCUGAUAGUUCACAUAGCUGAGAUAUUUGCUGCUCCCCCAAUCCCCCCCCUUUGGAUUGAGUAGGGAGCCAGAGCACACAGCCUGUUUGUUUUAGUAUCCAAGGCAGACCAGGGAGCUAGCUGGGGGGGGUGUGCAGGGAAUUCUGCCCUGGCCUGCUCGCCGCCUGACAAAAUGCCAUACCAAUAAGGAUGGCAGAGACCAUGGCCUUAGGGCAUGGGUGAAAACUGCUUCGUAAUGGAAUCCUGGUCUUUAGCCUUUCUUGUCAAGAGAAAGUUUUCUACUUCUGGGGGAAGAUUUGAAAAGUUUAGAAAGCAAGAUAAGGCCUGGCUCUUGGGCAAGCUGUGCACAGCUCAGUUUUGUCAGUGACCUUCACUAUAAGCCUCCCUGGACCCUCUAGGAGCACAGCAGCUAAAGCAAGUGGCAGAGCAAACAGCAGAGCCCCAGCCCCUUAUCUGUAAUACAGGUACUGAGAUACCUACUUCUCCUGACUGCUAUAGAAGCUAGAUAGUUGGUAAAAGACUCAAUACCUACUACACGGUGGGUGUUUCAAAUGCUGAUUCUCUUUGCCUCUCUCUUUAAAAAUGUUCUGUAUAUAAAAUAAGAAAUUUUGGAAAUUAUGAAAAUGUAAAGAAAAAAAUCAAUUCUAAUUCCUUCCUGCAGCUCAAUUGUUCUAGUCGUUUUUCUUGGCGUGCAAAUAUUAAAUACAUAACUUUUUUUCAAAGUCAGGGUAAUGCCGUAUAUAAUUUUAU